UCUUGUUGUGUGGUCGCCUUCGUGCAGCCUCACUUUCCCUCUCCUCUCCACCACCUUCGGCUGCCACUUUCGCCGCCUCCACCGCCCUCUUCCCAACCACACCACGCGCCGUCUCUCCUCCGGCAUCCCGCCUCCUGUGACCGCCGCCAUCCACCUUCCGGAUCAGAUUUCCUCCCCUCCGACGCCAGCCACUGCGCCUCCACUGCUAUUUUCUCGGCCCGUGCAGCGGUUAAGCGAUGGAAUGGCCACCGCCCCACAGGCUCCUUCUUCUGUUCCUGCUUGCCUUCUCUUGGCGGCUUGGAGGAGGAGCAGGGAUUGGGGGCUUUGGAGUUGGAGCUGAGGAGUUGAGCAGCAAUGGAGCUUCUUUUAGUCGUAGAAGAAUGCUGCAGAUUGGUGGUGAAAACCAAGGUGCCGGGUAUCUUUUCUCACAUGUACAAGCUCCAACAUCAGGACCAGUGUCUGCUCCAUCACCCUCAGAAUUCAUAUCAUCACCACCAGAAGGUGCACCAUCACCAUUUUAUUCACGACCGACGCCACAGCGAUCCCCUUUACGCCAUGAUCCACCAAUAGUCCUUCCACAUUCGCUUAAGUUUAAGCCCGCAGCUGGGGGAGCUGGGCAUGAUCAUUCGGUUCAAACUCCAUCUCAUAAGCAUUCCUGGACAACCUAUGGUUUAGUUGCAGCAGGGGUUGCUGCUUUCCUUAUCAUAUCAGCAUCUGGUGCUCUGUACUGCCGAGCUAAAAAGGUGGGGACUGUGAAACCUUGGGUGACAGGACUUAGCGGACAAUUGCAAAAAGCUUUUGUAACAGGUGUACCUGCACUGAAACGAUCAGAGCUGGAAUCAGCGAGCGAGGAUUUCAGCAAUAUAAUCGGCUCCACAUCUAGCUGCAUGAUGUACAAGGGAACUUUAUCGAGUGGAGUUGAAAUUGCAGUUGCGUCGAGUUUGGUAACGUCUGCAAAGGAUUGGUCCAAAGAAUGUGAAUCACAGUACAGGAAAAAGAUCACAACUUUGUCCAAAGUAAACCACAGGAAUUUUAUGAACUUGCUUGGCUACUGUGAGGAAGCGCAUCCUUUUACCAGAGCCAUGGUAUUUGAAUACGCUCCGAAUGGGACGCUUUUUGAGUAUCUGCAUGUGAGAGAAGCCGAGAAGCUGGACUUGGUGACGCGGCUGAGGAUAUGCAUGGGGAUCGCCUACUGCCUGGAGCACAUGCACCAGCUGAACCCACCCGUGGUGCCGAGGAGCUUGGACUCGACGACCAUAUACCUCACCGACGAUUUCGCCGCCAAGGUCUCAGACCUCGAAUUCCCAGACGACGGCGCAAAGGGAUCAUCACCUCGUUCAGCCACAUCAGACCUGGAAACCGCGGUGCAGAGAUACGGCGUGGUGCUGCUGGAGAUACUGACGGGGAGGGUGGCCUGCUCCGACGAGGACGGGCCGCUGGAGCGGUGGGCGUCCCGCUACCUGGACGGCGAGGUGCGGCUGGCGGAGCUGAUCGACCCCAGCAUCGGCUCCUCCUUCUCCGAGGAGGCCGCGCGCGCGCUGUGCGAGGUGGCGAGGUCCUGCGUCGACCCGGACCCGAAGAGGAGGCCGACGAUGGCGGAGGUGGCGGCCCGGCUGCGGGAGGUCACGGCGCUGGGGCCCGACAGGGCCACCCCCAAGGUGUCGCCACUGUGGUGGGCUGAGCUUGAGAUCAUGUCUUCUUCUGACACCUGAAGUUGUUACUGAAAAAAAGUUGUUUGGUUUGUACUACUGUAUUUGUUUGGUUGCUGCUGCUGCUGAUCUUGCUUGUUGAAUUGGUAGUCAGGCAGAGGGUGUUUGAAGUUUGCUUCAGGAUUGCAAAUAAUCGUACGCAAAGCCCAUGAAGCCCAAUUUCAAGCGUGAGCCAUGCUGUCCAGACCCAAACAAAAGGAAGAAUAACAGUUAACUGGAGUCUGGAGGCAUGCAUGGUAACAGAAAAAACUUACGAAC